AUGAGGCUUUCGGGGUUACAGAAGGAAGUCUUGUCCCUGUACCGGAGCACACUCCGUGAGAUUCGAAAGAAGCCCGAGACCAGUCAGCAACACUUUCGAGACUUUGCAAGAGCCGAGUUUGACAGGAACCUGGCCAUCGACAAGCGUGAUUUUGCAGCUGUCGAAUAUCUCCUUCGCAAAGGCCGCCGCCAGCUUGAAACAUACUCUGCACCUGGGAUCAAAGAUAUCAGGCGAUAA